AUGAUAACAUCCUCCAGAUGGCUGUUCGCACUCGGCCGCCCAGCAAGACCUUUGCUGAGUCCACAACUCACCUCCCGGUCGCUGGCGACUGUCACCAGCCGGACACCAACAGCAGUACGUGACGAAGGGAUCCGACUGCGAGCAUAUCAGGAAGAAUGCAUUCAGUCGGUCUUGUCGUAUCUGGGGAAGGGUCACAGACGCCUGGGAAUCUCACUGGCCACUGGAAGUGGGAAGACGGUGAUAUUCACGCGAUUGAUCGAUCGAAUCGAGCCGCCGACCCCUAUUGCUCGACAGACCCUCAUCCUAGCUCACCGGCGGGAACUGGUUGAGCAGGCAGCACGGCACUGUGAAAGAGCGUACCCUGGAAAGAGCAUAGACAUUGAGAUGGGAGACAUUCAUGCGACAGGUGCUGCAGACAUUACGGUGGCAUCUGUCCGGAGCAUGGUCUCCGGCGAGCGACUGAGCAAAUACAAUCCCGAAAUGUUCAAGUUGGUCCUAGUCGAUGAAGCACAUCACAUCGUGGCUCCGGGAUAUUUACAAGUCCUCCAACAUUUCGGGUUGGAAAAGCAAACAAGGACUGGUCCGGCUCUGGUUGGUGUUUCAGCCACUUUCUCUCGAUUUGAUGGCCUCAAGUUGGGGGCAGCAAUCGAUCACAUUGUCUAUCAUAAGGAUUACGUCGACAUGAUCGGCGAAAAGUGGCUCUCAGAUGUCAUGUUCACGACGGUGCGCUCCAAGGCCGAUCUAUCAAGAGUUCGAAGUGGCAAAGAUGGAGAUUUCCAGACAGGCCAACUCUCUGCAGCGGUGAACACAGACAUUACCAACGAGAUCACGGUUCGUGCAUGGAUGGAAGAAGCCAGAGAGCGUAAAUCGACCUUGGUCUUCUGCGUCGAUCUGAAGCACGUGGCGAGUCUGACUGCCACGUUUCGCAAACACGGCAUCAAUGCGCAAUCUAUCACCGGCAAUACGAAGAAGGCCGUCCGUGGUGAUCGACUCGACGCAUUCAAGAACCGCGAAUUCCCCGUGUUGUUGAAUUGUGGUGUCUUUACUGAGGGAACCGACGUCCCCAACAUAGACUGCGUACUACUUGCGCGACCGACCAAAUCCCGCAAUCUGCUCGUCCAGAUGAUCGGGCGCGGCAUGCGAUUGUACCCGGGCAAGAAGGACUGCCAUGUUAUCGAUAUGGUUGCCUCGCUUGAGACGGGCAUCGUGACCGUACCGACUCUUUUUGGCCUCGAUCCGUCUGAGAUGGUCAGGUCAGCCAAAGUCGACGACUUGAGAGCGUUGAAGGACAGCCGAAUAAAGGCAGAAGAAGAUUCUACCGGUAAUUCAGGACACCCUGUUGACUACGAUGAGGUGACCGGCAACCACCAUCUCGACUUUACGCACUAUGACUCUGUGCACGACCUCAUCGAAGAUACCUCGGGCGAACGACACCUGCGCGCCAUAUCCCCCAAUGCCUGGGUCCAAAUCGACUCCUACAAGUAUGUUCUUGCGGCGAAAGGCGGAAUCCUCACCCUCGAACGCCGCCUUCCUCCUGAGUCUCCCCAGACAUCAACCGACUCUGAUUCUCAGGCUCUCGACGACGCCUCCUUUGUGGUCAUAUGGAAACACUCUCUUCCCCCGACCGAGACGUCCAAAUCACCCUGGUCUCGCCCUCGCACUGUGGCGACCGCCGCCACUCUCAAUGAUGCGCUCCAUGCUGCCGACACGUUCGCCGCUCAGAAAUUCGAACGCAUAUUUAUCACUACGUCGUCCGCCUGGCGCAAAUCCCCCGCUUCACAGGGACAACUCGACUUCCUCAACCGGCUCCGUGAGGUUUCUGAGGAGGAGCUCUUGACGGAACAGGAUCUGACCAAGGGCCAAGCCGGCGACAUGAUCACCAAGGUCAAAUUUGGCGCGCGGGGCCGAUUCGACAAGUUAAUGAGACAGAAACGAGGCGUGGAGAAGGGUCUGGAGCGCCAACGACGAGUCAAGGAGAUGAGGAGCCGCGAGGUUGUCAGGGUCGGGCCUGUCGAGGCUUGA